AUGCCGGCCCGGUUAGAGAACGUGCCAUCCUUCGGAUCCGACGAUGCUUGUCCCAAGGACAGGUACACUGUAGUGGUGCUCGGGAAUUCCUGCGUCGGGAAGACGGCGAUCAUAAGUCAACUAUUGUACGGUAGCUUCGACAAUGAAUAUCGUGCAACGGUUGAAGAAUUCCACCAGGAAGAGUUUGAACUCGGCGAUGUCACAGUCACGCUGGAUGUCAUCGACACAACCGGUUCCUACAGCUUCCCUGCGAUGCGCAAACUGUGCAUAGAAAAAGGUGAUGCCUUCCUCUUAGUGUUCUCGUUCGACAGCGAAGAAUCGUUCGAGCAAAUUCCUGCCCUGCUCGAUGAAAUUCACGCUCUGAACUCGAAACCGCAUCGACGCAUCUGUAUCGUCGGAAACAAGGCCGACCUCGUCAAAGGAGCGCCGGUCAACCGACAGCUUGCAGAAUCUCUCGUGUCACUCGAUUGGGAGUUGAGUUAUGUGGAAGUUUCGGCGAAAGAAAACCGUAACUUCGAUGAUUUGCUCGUCAAGAUUCUCGGCGAAGUGGCCCGCGAGAGCGUCAUGGCCGACGACAGCGACAAGAAGAAGCGGAAGACAUCACUUCCGCCGAGUGUGUUGAAGUGCCGGAAUGCUCUCAUCAAACGGAACUCCUGCAUCGUUUCAUGA